AUGAGACGCAUGUUUUCUUUCCCUUCACCUGAUAAUCACUGCCUCCAGAUUUUACGGAAGUUUGACGAGGUUACGAGGUUUAAUUCAAUAAAACAACUUAUGAAUAAUAUAAAAGAUGCUAUUCAAUGUUUCAAUAUGAAUUCUUUAAAACCAACACUUAUAGAAGUUCGACAAUUCGAUGGCUCAAUUAUUAAAAUGAAUAAAUAUGGAUUAGAAAUUGAAAAAAAUGAUAAAUCUAAUCAAUUAGAAUCUAAUUUUUCUUCUUAUGGUUUUAUUCCAAAUUUUAAUCUGGAUUUACAAAUAGGAAAAAUAGAACUUCCAGAAUUUACAAUAUUAUUUGGUUCUGUUGAUGUAGCUCAAAAUUUAAAUUUAUUAAACAAUUAUAAUGUUACACAUAUCAUUAAUCUUAUUUCAAAUAUAAUACCAAAUUAUUUUCCUGAAUAUUUUCAUUAUUUAUCACUGAUUGUUUAUGAUAAUUUAACAUUUCAAUUAAAUGAUAUUUUGAAUGAUUGUUUUAAUUUUUUAAAUAUUGUAAAACAAACUAAGGGUUGUUGUUUUAUACAUUGUGAAGCUGGUAUUUCACGUUCACCAUCUAUUAUAAUUGCUUAUUUAAUGAAAUUUUAUAAUUAUUCAUAUGAUAAUGCUUAUAAUUUAGUAAAUAAUUCUAGAAAUAUUUGUAUUAAUGUAAAUUUUAAAUCACAAUUAAUGAGAUUAAAUUAA